UUGUCAACGUCAGCAUCAUCGCCGUCGGUGAUUUUUACCAGUUACCGCCAGUCAAAGGAAAGCCUCUUUAUGUCGAAGACGCCACUUUCAACUUGUGGACAAAUCUUUUCAGUGUUGUCGAACUGACAACGAUAGUCCGGCAAAAAGAUAAUCAGUUUGCAGCAUUGCUAAAUAGACUCCGCAAACAUCCAAAAGGCGCGGCGUUGUUGGAAACAGACAUAGAACUUUUGAAACAGCGCGAAACGGGUGAGGUCAGCUCCGCGUUACAUGUGUUUCCAACCAAUCAACAAGUAAACGAAUACAAUCUAAAACAGCUUUUCAGGAUCUGUCCGGAGUACACCACGAUAAAAGCUGAGGAUUUCAGCCAAAACAAAAAAUCCGGUAAAUUAGAAAGAAAAGUAGGGCACCACAGCAAAGUUUACAACACGUGUUUAGAGGAAACUCUGCACAUCGCUAAAGAUGCACGUGUAAUGCUUUGCAAAAACAUCGAUAUUGACGACGGCUUAGUUAACGGGGUUAGUGGCACUGUCUCUGAUGUUCUUUUCCAAAAGGAUGACACAUUUCCGAGUAAGAUCUAUAUAAAGUUUGAUGAUGCCAAAGUAGGUCAACAAAGGCGCGCACAAACUGCUGAGUCUGUCACGCUAAAAGACAGUACAUUUAUUCUGCCAGAGGAAGAAAAAGUAACUAAAAGCGGUGGCAUGCGUCGCCAGUUCCCUCUGAAGCUCGCUUGGGCUUGCACGGUGCAUAAAGUCCAGGGUGUUACCGUGAGCAAUGUAGUUGUGUCUCUAGACAGGGUGUUUUCCGCAGGGCAGGCGUAUGUUGCAUUGAGUCGGGUCACAGCUUUCGACGGUUUGAUUAUUGAAAAGUUUAAUGCCGAAAAGAUUUACUGUAAUGAUGCCAUUAAGAAUGCUGUAGGUAGGAUGCCAGCAUUUUUGACAGAAAGUGAACCAACACAAACAAAUGUACAACCACCACAUUUCACAAUUUAUUUGAUGAAUGUCCAAAAUUUGACAAAACAUGCGUCAGAUUUGGCAGCAUGUACACAGCACCUGCAGCCUAACUGCAUCGCUGUGACAGAAACGUGGCUGCCAACGGCAUGUACACCCAGGAGUGUAACCAUUCCUGGGUACCAUUUCCAUAGCCAACCACGAUGUUUGUCUUACUCCAGCAGUAACCCUGCUUUGGUAGAAUUACAAGGGCAACAGCAUGGCGGAGUUGGCAUGUACAUUGCAGACCACCUGCACUGUAGUGUUGUCGCCGCCCCAAACUUCAACUUGGAAGUUUUACUGGUGAACUGCUCCUCACCCAGUGUGUUAAUAGCAGUUGUGUAUCGACCACCAUCCUAUCCAAUGGCGUUGUUUCAAGGUCACCUUGGCACGCUGCUGGAUUGGUUGCACCAGAAGUACGCCAGCAUUGUCGUACUGGGAGAUUUUAAUGAAAAUUUGUUAAAAUCUUCCACUAUCAGCACAUUCAUGGCUAGGAAAGGGUUCUGCCAGUCAGUCAAACAUCCUACCACAGAAAAGGGUACACUAAUUGACCAUGUUUAUGUCAAAACAUCACACUUUGAUGUAGAAUCGGUUGUGAUGCCCACUUAUUUCAGUGAUCAUGAAGGGAUUUUGUGCUCUUUUAAACACUAAAUUUAAAACACACACACACACACACACGCACAUACACAUUCCACUUCAGCGUUCUUCUGGCAGUCUUAUGGUGUAAGUGUAUUGUAUAGUGUAAAAUAGGUUUAGGUUCAACCAGUGGACAAUUUACAAUCCACGAGUUUACUUGCCCACGAGAACGGUGGAUUGUAUUUGUCAAUCACGGAAUAAAAGUGAAAUCACUGGUCAUAGUUAAGAUCCCAGUUUCUGUUUAGGAUAGGAAGUAUUUUCCUUAUUUGUCAACCCAGUAAAUUAACAUGUACAUAAUGUAAAUAUGUACAUAAUGCAAAUAUGUACAUAUGUAAAUAUUGUAACAUCUGCAUAGAUUUUAAAUAGUAUACAUAUUGUAUAUAUGGAAAUAUGUAAAUGUGUAUAUAUGGAAAUGUGUAUAUAUGGAAAUGUGUAUACGUAUAUGUAAAUGUGUAUAUAUGUAAAUAGUACCUGAUGAAAUGAUCCCAGUGCUGCCUCACUCACCUGUCCUCUUGUCUUGAUAGUUACCGCAUGUCUGCCUUAAAGUUAAAUACAAAAGGGAUUCAAACCUUUUUCAACAGUUAUUUUUCCAACCAAAUUGUAUUAGUCAAUCACUGGUGCAAAAUUCAACCACUGCCCAAAAUUAAGAAUCAAAGGGAUUAAAACUAAGACUUUUCUGAACACGUUGGUAUUUUUCUAACCAGUGGACAUUUUCCAAUCCGCGAGUUUACUCUUCCGAGAACGGUGGAUUGUGUUUGUCAAUCACUGGCGAAAAAUACGUUUUUUCAGACACGGUAAUGCAAACAAUGAGGGCAAUGUAAAUAUGUAAAUGAAUAUGUGAAUAUGUAAAGAUGUAAACUUGUAAACAUGUAAAUAUGUAAAUAUGUAAACAUGUGAAUAUGUAAAUAUGUGAAUGUAUAUUGUGACUAACCUCUGCUCUUGUCUUUCUAGUUGCCGCCUGUCUUCAGUUCCACACGCAUCCUCUUUAUAUUAAACAUAGUAGCAGUAGAAGUGCAUGCGUAUGUUAACAUAGUAGCAGUAGAGGUACAUGCGUAGAUUUAACAUAGUAGCAGUAGAAUAGCAUAGAAGUAAAACUAAUCCCAUAAGUGCAUCAUACCAACUAUUAUAAUAGCAAUGUAGUCGUUUGCAUGCAUGUGAGGUUUCAUCAACAGGACAAGACCCCUCUGACAGUGUGAGUGUCCUCUGACAACUGCUGCAUGUGUGAAUGCUGGCUGCUUCCAGAGGAGGUCCCACCAUUGCACCUUGACAUCCACCCAUUGAUGACUGGAUAGGAUACUGGUGAUUCCGGGAACUGGUCAUCGUGGGACUGCAACUGCUGAUCCUUUCCUCCACCCAUUCUUAACCCUCUGUCCUUUCUUCACCACUGUCUACCUACCAUCUCUCCCUGUCAUCCCUCUCAACCCAACCGGUCGAGACAGAAGGCCGCCCCAUAGAGCCUGGGUUCUGUCCAAGGUUUCUCAAAGAGUUUUUCCUUGCCUCCGUUGCCAAGUGCUUGCUCGUGUGGGGUUCAGUUGGUUCUCUUUCUAGAUAACUUCCAUAUGAUGAUUAGAAUUGGCACUAUAUCAAAUAAAUUGG